UUGGAGGUGCAUUCGCAGCGCGGGGCGACCACACGUGACCUGAGACCAACCAAUCGGCCCACGUGUGCGCGCCGUGCAGCUGUAUGUGGGGCAAUCUCUGCUCCCUGAGCAAUGCUACUGAUGAACGGCCAUCAACUGGCACGGGACUGGGACGAGCUCUUCUUCCCUCUGCCAAUACAACUUUGCUCAGUAUCCCUCCCUCCACCGGACUCCUCCAACACCCACGCACACCCUCCAGCUUUUCAAUUGCAGGCAUCAAAGCUCGGAUAUCGCGCAUCUAAUUGACGAAUUGUCCUUUAUUGCUUCCGCAAACUUACGCAAGCUCUAUCGACUGCGCGCAAUCUCGUAUCUAGCUUCGCCUCGCUCGAACAUCACAUCACCACUCGCCAUCAUGUCUUCUCAGCCUCUCCUCCAGACUGCUCCUGGCAAGCGCAUCGCCCUGCCCACCCGCGUCGAGCCGAAGGUCUUCUUUGCCAACGAGCGAACGUUCCUGUCGUGGCUCAACUUCACCGUUAUCCUCGGCGCUCUUGCCAUUGGCAUGCUCAACUUUGGUGACCGCGUCGCCUUCAUCUCAGCGUUCCUGUUCACCGGAGUCGCCAUGUUGACUAUGCUGUAUGCAUUAGUGACCUACCACUGGCGAGCCAAGUCGAUCCGAAUGAGAGGCCAGGCCGGCUUCGACGACCGAUUCGGUCCUACCUUCUUGGCUAUCAUCCUCCUGCUCGCCGUGGUGGUCAACUUCGUCCUGCGCAUCACCGACCAGUCCAAGAAGAAUGCGAACUAAAAUUGGACGGAAGCUUUGCCAAGGAGUUUCAUAUUUGGGGCCUGGGAUGGGGAGAUGUAGGCCAGUAGAGACUGUAGGAGGUUCGACAGAUUGGAUUGAAAGGAAGGGGAGGGUCAAGUCGAUGGGUUCAUGGCAUCAUUUGUGGCUGAUGGGCGUUAGCACUGGUGGGGUGUCUUGAGUUUUGGGUAUCAGGUAUUUCAAUUCCAAUUUAUUUUAAGCA